UCCUUACUUCAAAAAACCCCCUAAACAGUUUUCCCCAUCCAAAUCAACCAAAAAGCAGACACGGGUAUAAGCACUAUUUCUGAAAUAAAUUAUAUAUUUUCUUGUUUCCGUUGACCCCUGACUUUGACAAGAUGUCCAAGUCAGCACGGGGUUCCAGGCCAAAGCUGCCUUUUCCAAGCUCACCGUCCGCAUCUUCAAUUUCCGGCGGAAAACCGAAUCAAGGCCUGGAGGCCAUGUUGCAUGUCACUCAGGUGCACACCAGCUGUGCGGAUGAAGGUGAUUUCUAUUACUACCCAGGUGGAGGAGAAAAAUCCCAGUCUGAACUAUCAAUGGAGGUCAAGACUCCAGAUCUGGAGGCUGAGGUGCCCCUGAAACCGCCAUUUGUGGCCUUGGUGAGCAAUCUGCCCAUGGAGUGCUAUGAACGGGAGCUGAGCCAAGUGUUUUCCAAUUUUUCGAUUCGUACUUUGACUGUUCCCAGGAAGGGUAAGCGUCCCAAGGCAUUUGCUUACCUGGAAAUGAACUCUCGGGAGGAGUUGAUCCGUCUGCUCCAACUGGAGAAGCUCAAGUGUCGUGGACGCUUGCUUUCAAUCAAAUUGUGUCCAGAUCCGGAGAAGAUUCCCAGUGGUGGAAUGAAGCCAGGAGAAAGGGGAGGAGGAGGAGGUGUAUAUGGAGGACUUUAUGGAGAACUAGGAUUCGAGAGAGUCGGAGGAGUUGCAGGAGUUUAUGGAGGAGCAUCUGCUGGAGCUGGGGAUGCCCCUUUUACUCCUUUAUCAAUCAGUGAUUACGAUUCUACUUCUGCCCAUUAUGCAGCCAGUGUGAGUGACCUUAACGCAGAAGAACCUCCAUCCAGUCCAGUAGAAUCCCCUCGGGCAAUGGGCAGUGAGUCAUCUAUCUAUAACAUGGAAAUACCCAUUCGCCGAAAGCCCAGCACUAUAGACGAACUCGAACGUCGCAUGGAUAUUCGUUUACAAAAACUGGCCGAGUUCGAGAAUGCUCAGUCGGAGAGAGAGCAGAGCUCGCAGAUGGAUGAUGAUCAGGAGGAUAUCUACAGCGUGUCCUGGACUGAUAUACUCAACGAGGCCAGAAAGAGCGAGCAAUUGUAGUUGAUGUUUGUUUCCAAAAUUUUAAUUAAAAUUAAAUGAACUAUUUGAAGUAUCUAUA